CCUGAAGGUACCUACUAUGUCCAUGACAACGGUGGUCGCCCUUUCAAAGUGGAAGUGCGGUGGCCCUGUCCUAAGGCCGAGGUGAAAGUCUUCAAGAUGGCCCUGGAUGGUCGCGAAGGAGACGCCGAGAACAAUGAAGGCCUGCCAGCCUAUGAGAAGCAGGCUUCUUUGAUCCUUUCGGCGGAGAGGGUCUUCAUCGGGCAAUGCCCAAAACGUGGCGCCUCCUUCGAUGGAAACUCCAUGCUGCUGCACUUGGAGGGUAUGAAGUAUGUGUUUGUUGGAGUCCUGGUGUUCUCCUUUACAUCAACAUCACGCAUCACGAAAUAUGCUUCUCUGGUUGGCAACAAUGACGUCCCUUACCCUUGGGCAAUCGAUGAACAAGGCCGCCGAUAUUUGAUGACUAGCUCAGUCAUCUUGGACAGCAAGCUCUUUGAGGACAUCGACACCGAUCCUUACAACUGUUAUUUUGAUCGCCUGCUAAUGACUGCACAUCUUGGUACAGUGCCUCCCCAGCAACCGCUCUGCCAGUUCCAAAGCAUCACCGAAUUCUGGGUCGGUGAGAAGCAGUACACUCUCAAGCACCAGCCGCAUCCUGAGAUUGCCUUUGAGGAGUUGGCAAAAAUUGGGGAGCUUUCCGUGGUGAAAGGUGGCUCCAGGACUAAGCUGUCCAAGGCCGAAUUCGUCAAGUUGAUGCAGGACUAUGCAAAUGAGAUGGGUCUCGAAACCCUCCGGAGUCUCACGUUGAUUGAGAGGCUGGAGUGA